UUCUUCCAUAUUCAUAUCCUAAAUACUCGUCGCACUUUUGUGCCCCUGAUCGAUCCCAUCGUUUCAAUAGACCGGCCUCUGUUGAUUUGCGCUUUGUGGCAUCAACCCGUCCAAGUCACAUUUGACGACCAAUACAUUCUGGAUUUUUCAAAUUGAUUGACUAUUGCACUCAGCGAAUAGCCAUGAACGAGUCUGAUCCCAAAACUUCCCAUCCUCUUCCCACGCAGCCCACGUCUCCUCCAGCUACACCUAGUUCAAAGACACAACCCCGCUUCCCGUCGGCUACGAGCCACCCUCCAACACGAUACGCAGGUCUGUUUACAUAUUCAGCCUUCAGUCAAUCACAAUCGCCUCCUCUCGAGCAUAUCGAGCCAAUAGGCCAAGGCCAUCAUUUCAACUAUACUAGGCCUCAGGCUCAGAAUACAUCGGCAAGGCGCUCGAGCGUCUCAAGCUUUGCACAGGCUUCAAGUCCAGAGCCGUCAGAUGCAGGAACCCAGAACAGUGGCCUUGGCAUCCAAAAACCGUUAGAUAGGAAAGCAUCGCAGGAUCAGCUCAUCAUCGAAGAACUCGCUGAUACCACAUCUUCAUUUGCCAGUGACGUCGAAAUCGUGAGGCCAGACAACACGGAGGAGGUCACUAGUGAUCAUGGACACGAUGACAGAGACAUUCUUCUGGGAGGGUUUCGGAGGAUGAAUUGCGGUACAGACGAUGAGAAUGUGUCAGGUGAGCAGGCGAGAAGAUACAGAAGGAAGAAGAAGAGAUGGAGCGCAGGCUAUUACAAGCGUACACACAGUCAAAGUAUAGGUAGCGACACGGACACGGACGACCUCGAAGAAUUGAAUGCACAUGACUUGGGUUGUAGCGCUCGACGACUGCGACGUCGUGUGCGUGGCCCAGGCGACAGGUCAUCCCUUACCUUCGAGGAGCUCCCGAGUUUCAACAUCCCUGAGGAUGAAGAGCCAAACGGGCAUGACACGUUCCGCUCAUCACCAGCGCUGUUGGAUGGCGAGAUCGUGCCGUCACUUGAGGCUCUACCAUUCUGGGUCCUCGAUGACCCUAUGAUUAUCGACUCAGAUAUAAGUCGUCCUUCCUCAAGGGCGUAAAUAUACUUUUGUUUGACUGCUAUUACUAUUUUGUGGCAGAGGAUUCUCUUCAAUAUUGACAACUCCUGUUCUCCUGCAUUAGUCUGGAUCCUGGUCUGUCCAAAUUUUGUCCUCUGG